AUGGCGAAGACUGUGAGAAAUGUUACGUUACCACCAACGGAAACUAAUAACCCCCAUAGAAGAUCGCGUCAUAGAAUAUAUGGAAGACGUCAAAAUGUCGCUCAAGAGCCCCCUGAGCGAGCUAGAAUACCGUGGAGUCCACCGAAGUCACAGUCCGUAUUGGGUCCACAUCCUGGGAUGGCAAGUUAUUAUUCAAAAAAUAGCCUAGAGGCGGCUAAUGUUCCACCGACCCCAGAGGAGCUUGAAAACGUAAGCAUGGCGAACCGAGACCACCUGAGACCCCUGAUGGACCACAGGGACCUGGACCUUACGGACCUCGCGCUGAGUCGCCAUAUGGACCAUCUGGACCAUAUUAUGGACCCGAACCACCUGUCCCGCGAGAGGAACGUGGACCAUAUGGUGGGCCUAAUGGACCUUAUGGUUUAG